GUUGAUAAGUAUUUGCCAACGAGUAUAUAUAUAUAUAUAUAUAUAUAGACAUGUUUGGUGUCAAUGUACCUAGCUUACAUACGCUCUUUGCAUAGGCACUACCUAGCUGUCCCCAAAUCGGUGUUUUUUUUUUAAUCAGAUUUUGAAUUAAAAAAAUGUUGUCCUUUUAUCUGGUUCUUGUUUCCUUGUUGCUUUUGGAACCGUUUUCUGUUGCCAGGCAUUCGUUUUCAUCCAACAGGGAACAAUCUGAUCAGUCAAGGGCCAGUGAGGAUCUCGUGGCGAAUUUGCCUGGCCAGCCUGUAGUGAAUUUCAAACAUUAUGCAGGGUAUGUGACAGUGAACGAGAAUAAUGGAAGACGGCUCUUCUACUGGCUUUAUGAAUCCCCGAGCCUGCCUGACGAGAAACCUUUAGUUCUCUGGCUUAAUGGUGGUCCUGGAUGUUCUUCCAUUGGGUAUGGGGCAACCCAAGAGAUUGGACCUUUCCUCGUCGACUCUGAUGAAUCCAGUCUAACAGUUAAUCCUUAUUCAUGGAACAAAGAAGCAAACUUGCUGUUCCUGGAAUCUCCAAUUGGUGUUGGGUUCUCGUACUCGAAUACAAGCACUGAUUAUGCCAAUCUUGGGGAUGAUUUUGCGGCAAACGAUGCGUAUGCAUUCCUGCAUGAGUGGUUUCUCAAGUACCCGUCGUAUAGAACCCGAGCUUUCUACAUUGCUGGGGAGAGUUAUGCAGGGAAGUAUGUUCCUGAGCUGGCUGAGAUUAUUGUUGACAGAAACAAAGACCCUUCCCUUUUCAUUGAUCUUAGAGGGAUUCUGCUUGGCAAUCCCGAAACAUCUGAUGUUCAGGACUGGCAGGGCAUGGUGGAUUACGCGUGGAGCCACGCUGUGAUAUCCGACGAGACUCACAGAACGAUCAUAGCGUCGUGUGAUUUUAACAGCAACGAUACGUGGAGCAAUCAGGACUGCAGCCAGGCUGUGAAUGAACUGCUGAAACAGUACAAGGAGAUUGAUAUCUACAGCCUUUAUACGUCGGUCUGCAUUGACAGCUUGACUGGUUCGGACGAUAAUUCAACUCCAGUGUUCAAGACCACAUCCAAAAUGAUGCCAAGAAUCAUGGCGGGAUACGAUCCGUGUCUCGACGACUACGCCAAAUCUUAUUACAACAGGCUGGAUGUUCAGAAAGCCCUUCAUGUCAGUUCUGGUCACCAUCUCAGGGACUGGAGAAUCUGCAAUAUGUCAGUCUUCAAUGGGUGGUCUGACUCAAAGGAAUCUGUUCUUCCCAUAUAUCAGAAACUCAUUGCUGCAGGAAUUAGAAUAUGGGUAUACAGCGGGGACACUGAUGGAAGGGUUCCUGUGUUAUCUACAAGAUACAGCAUAAGUACUCUUAGUCUUCCCAUUACCAGAGAAUGGAGGCCAUGGUAUCAUCAGAAACAAGUUGGUGGAUGGGUUCAGGAAUAUGAAGGGCUUACUUUUGCUACUUUUAGAGGAGCUGGCCAUGCAGUCCCCACUUUCAAGCCAAGUGAAUCCCUGGCAUUCUUCUCAUCAUUCCUCUCUGGGGCAUCUCUCCCAUUUAAAAGAUAAAUCAUAUUCUGUGAGACCGUCUCAUCAGAAGACGGACGUGUAAUACUUCUUAUGAACGUAUAAAAAAAUAUU